AUGCAUCAUGGAAGUGAUGACGAGCUGGAGCCGCCCCUUCUGACAGCACUCCGCGCGGCCCUGCGCCUCAUGGAGAUCAAGCUUGUCAGUGCUCCCAAAGACCAUGCGGCCUCGCGCAUGACGACCGAGACGAAGCAUGGUUUCUGGCCCCACUCGGUCGAAUACGCCCCUUUGCAGCAGGUCAAUGUGCCCGCCACAUUCCAGCUACGUCAGUGGAUCCAAUCACUGGAGAAGGAUCCUCAGCACCUGCAUGGUGACUUGUCGCCGGUAGCAGCGCAGAUGCCCAUGGAGCAUGUCUUUGCGAAUGCGCUGCGCCUGCUGACAGCCUCGGUCAAGGCCGGCACGCGCCGCGUAUUUUUUGUCACUAACCAAGAUGAUCCACACCCGGGCAGCAAGAAGCCGCUCAUGCAAAAAGCCUGCAUCGACGCGAUGAAGGACUACUUUCGGCGCGGCAUCGAUCUGGAGCCGUUUUUCAUGGGACGGUCUACACGGCCGUUUUCCAUCAACACCUUUUAUGCGGAUAUCCUAGGCGUGUACGAUGAUGGCCUUGUGGACGACGCCUUGCGUCCAUGGCGCCUGCGGCAGCUGCAGGACCAGAACGGCAGCAAGCAGCGUGUAUGGGACUCGGCGACCAAGUGGGCCGAGCUGGAGGCACAGAUGGACGGGCGCGAGACGACCAAGCAUGUUACGUUUGAUCUGCUCCUAAGUCUGGGCCCUCUAUCGAAGCCCAAAGUAGCCGACGAUGACAAGCAUCCCAAGCCCGCGGGGCAAUCUGAGUGGCGGAUUCAAGUCAAGGCCUACAGCCUCGUGUCGGAGACAACACGCGGGCUGCCCGUCCGCGUAUCCUCUCACGGUAACGAAGACCCCAAUGACCUAUAUGAAGUGGUGAGUGUCCAGCACAUGCACCGUACCACGACGGGUGAGCUGGUCAAGCCCGAGGAGAUGGAUCAUGUCUACAUGCUGUGUGAAAGCGACUCGCCCGAGGCGCAGAUUUCCUUUUCCAGCGAGGAGAUCAAGGCACUGCGGCAGUUUGGGUGCCUGCCCGGCCUAUCGCUCCUGGGCUUCAAGGACCGCACGACCGUGCACUUUUACGAGAAUAUCAAACACGCCUACUUCUUAUACCCCUCGGACCUGGAACAUCCCGGGAGCAAGCGCACAUUCUCAGCGCUGCUUACAUCCAUGCUUUCGAAGAACAAGGUCGCUUUGUGCCUGUUCCUCCCACGCGAGAAUGCCAUUCCCCACUUUGCCGUCCUGCUACCGCAGGCCGAAGAGCUCGACUCGGAGGGCCGCCAGCGCGUCCCACCCGGCAUGCAUCUCAUCACCAUGCCCUACGCCGACGACAUUCGCGAGCCCCCUCAUGCAUCGUCGCUGAGCGCAAACAGCGACGAAGUUGCUGCCGCAAGCAAAGUGAUUGAAAGCUUCCACCGCCGAGACCCAUUCAAUCCGGAUGUAUUUCCCAAUCCCGCGCUCCAAUACCACUACGACAUACUCAUGGCGCACGCUUUCGGCCAUGCUCCCCCUGCCUACAACGACACCAUUUUGCCAGACUAUGCCCUCAUUGAGCGGGUGCGUAUGCGCUACUUACCGCAGCGAUCGGGGACUUCGAUCCGUGCGUAUAACGAGGUUCUACUGGCGGAUCCACGCACGGCAGAGACACGGCACAGCGCCUUUGAUGCGUCACUGGAUGAGACGCUGCGGCGCAUGCACCGUGAGCACAUGCUUGAUCGGGUAGGUGGCAUCGGCUAA